AGGAGACACAGCGUCUCAAUACUGAGCCUGUACCAGGAAUAAAAGCAACCCCAGAUGAAGCAAAUUGCAGACUAUUCAUGGUGACAAUAGAUGGACCCAAAGAUUCUCCUUUUGAAAAUGGGACUUUUAAACUAGAACUUUUUCUUCCUGAAGAAUAUCCAAUGGCAGCACCAAAAGUACGGUUUAUGACAAAAAUUUAUCAUCCUAAUGUGGAUAAAUUGGGACGUAUCUGCCUUGAUAUACUCAAAGACAAAUGGAGCCCUGCUCUUCAAAUCCGAACAGUGUUGUUGUCAAUUCAAGCCCUUUUGAGUGCCCCUAACCCUGAUGACCCAUUAGCAAAUGAUGUUGCAGAGAGUUGGAAGUUAAAUGAGGCUCAGGCAAUUAAAACAGCUCAACAAUGGACCUUAAUGUAUGCCUCCAAGAGUUAGGGAAGGGUUCUAUGGUGUUGUUGGCGGAGAUAUUUACCAAACAUGUACCGGUACUAGGAUGCAAGUGGAUCCUCUUGGAAUGAAGGUCAUGCUUGUAAACCACACAGAGCAAACAACAAAGUUAUAUAAAAUGGUAGUGUACUGAAUCUAAUAAAGCAGAUUUGGGUCAAAAUGAUUUUGAUAUAAAACGAACUGUUCAUACCUUGCCCCAAAAGAAAUGAGUUUGUAAAAUCACUAACAGCUUGUUUAAACUUCAUUCAUGGAUAUAGUAGGCAGGAUAUCCAAAGUGGCAGAUUUUUGUACAUUUGAAGAUAUAUUGUAAAAUUGGUUUUAAAAAUACUUCGUAACAUGUAACAAUUGUAAAAGAUACAGUUGGUUGCUGUGUUUUGUUUACUAUCACAGACAACAAUUCAUGUCAUAUUUGAAUGGCACAAGUUGAAUAUGAUUUUGGACCUUAUACGUUCUUGAUAUUACAUACCUACCUGAAAAAGCAUUGGAUAUUUAGCAGGGGUUACUUGUGCAGUUAUUUAGACAAAUGCUUAAGCAUAAAUGGUUGUAAACCUGGUAGCUGUUAUCAUCUCAUAUCUUAUGUCCAACUGCCAAAGAAAAUAAUAAGAGAACAAAAUAUCUGCCCUUAUUAGAGACAGAACACUACCAUUUCAAUUGGAUCCAGCAGUAAUGUAAAAAAAAAUAAUGCAAAAAUAGAUAUUGAAAGAAUUUUAUAAUAUCUUUCCUUGUGUAUGAAUAUUACCAUAUACAUUCUACCUGUUCGAACCACAGGCAAACAUCUUUUUAACAUUUUCCAUGAGUUUGGCAUUGUGCCUUUAGAUAAAGUAACACUGAUAUUAUACUACAGGAGGAGGGUGGGUACACAAAUGUGUUGAUGUACAAAUAUUGUGUUUGUUUAUCAUGGAUCUGAAUCUUCCCAAGAAGCAGAAAGUUAAUAUCUAGGAGUUCCCAGUUAUGCUAUUUUUACUCUUAUGAUAAUAUAUAGCAGUUUAAUGAUUAACCUUUUAUAUGCUGUAAGAUUAUUUAAUUUUGAUGAUAUGUAUGUUUCUCUAUUGUAAUCAUUUGAUACUAUGAUUGAAGCCAAGGGAAUGCUGUUGUAAGUUUGUUGGGGGGAGGAGAGUUAGGAGGGGGGGAGGGGUCAUAAUUUGAGUUUGGAUGGAUGUGAAGACCAGUGUUGAAAGUUUAUUAUUUACUAGUAACUGAAGGAUUUCUUUUCUCUGUUUGAUGUCACUCCUUUGGUUGAAUUUUAUACCAGAAUCCCAGUGCAUUAACACUUGUAUGUACAUUGAGUGAGUGAUUUUAUUUGUCAUUCUAUAGAGGACUACAACUUGUUUCUGAGCUAUUAAAUGUAUAGCAAGCUCAUAUACUCUCAAUCCAAGUUACUUACAUGUACUAUCUUGAGCCAAGUACAUUAACCCUCUAUUCCUAGCAAGUACAUCUUCCAGUUUUACUGAGAAUUCUUGUUUAUUUUGCAGAAACUUUUUUCCAGCUAUUAACAUAUUUCUCAUUCUUGGUAGAAUUGUUUUCCCUAAUUCAAUAAAAGCAAAUAUCAAGUACAUUCUCUCAGUGUUCAUUAAUAUGGAAUACCUAAAUUCAACUGAUUGCAGAUUUUUCAUAUUAAAUGUUGCUAUAUAAUUUUUUUGUGCAAGGUAUAAUAUGCUAAACAUGUAGUGAUACAUAGUUUGAAUAAAAAAUGUACCAUGUCUGCUUAUAUGAAGGACAGUGUAUUUGUAUUUCCUUUUAAAAGUACAUGUACCAUCUUGUAAAGAUAAUAUUAGAGAUGUCAGACAUGCUAAUUGUUUUGGAACAAACGCCAGAACUAAGCAGAUUCGGGAAGAUAAGUUAAAGUAAAUUUUGUUUGAAGAAAUCAUUAUCAGGGUUUGGCACUAUUUUAAAAAGUGAAUGUGAAUCUUGAAAAAAAAGUCUUUUUUAGUUCAUUUGCCUUUGUAGCUUUUCCCAUUUUCUCUUAUGUUUUUAGACCUUCUGUUUUAGUGUACAUUAUACAGGCACAGGUAGAAGGAGCAAGAGAACGCAAUAUUGUCCAGCUAUUGUAUAAAUCUGGACAUUGUAUAUGACCUUCAACGUUGUGUAUGGUUUUGUUGUACUUCUAGGAAUACGGAUGUAAAUUAUUUUUGUGCUCAGAACUUUUUUUUUCUUUUUUACAUUGUAGGCAUCAUAGAUGUAUUUGUUACUCUUUACUGUCAAGAAGGAAUAUUUUUUAGACUGCUAACAAGUCACCCAUACUAAAGAAAGUUUGUCAUUUUGCUCAUGUCUAUGCAUGUGUCAGACCAUUUCCAACCCAAACCUAUCGUUUCGAUUCUAUAAUUAAAAUUGUAAGUAUGUCUAUGAAAGAAGAAA